AUGUGGUCAGUUGUAGAAUUUAUUGAUGACCGAUCAGUUGAAGUGGUACCGACCUACUGGCUAAACAAAAAUAAAUGUGCUUGGCCAAAAAAAAAUUCAAAAAAAUAUAUUCAAAAAAGAGUUAAACCAAAUGAAAUUGAGUUUGAUUUUUUAAAGGCUCGCAAAUUGGGAAAAGAUAGAGAUAGUUAUACUAUAGCUAGAGAGAAAGCUAAAAAGGCAGAGUAUACGUCUGACUUAUCAACAAAUAAUGAUACACCAUCAAAAAAGUCAGAAACUAAAACUAUGAAAUCUACAUUAAAUCCUAAAAAAAGAGACAAAUGUCAACAAAAAGUAAAUGAUGUUUUAUGGAGUCCAUCUUCAAGUGAUAUUUUAGUCGAUGACAAUUUCAAAAUGACAGAAACAAAUUUAAAUCCUCCAGCAGACAGUGUUCUUGUAUUAUCUGGUACUCCAAGUUCUCCUGCUAUAAAGCUACUUUCAACAAUAUCACCUUCUAAUAGUUAAAAUGUAUCCAAAAAUUGUGAAACUACUGUUAUUGAUGUAAAAAAAAAAAUAAAUUUCAAUAAAACAUGCAAUAUGAUGAUGAGUCCAAUUUCUAUGCCGGAUAAAA